AUGUCUACCCGCCAAGCAGUACGGUCGUUGAGACAGCUCACAAAUGGCCGACCUUUCAGCACAGUCGUGGACGACCGCAUGGCCAUGGCAGCAGGCUCAAGCCCUGUGUCCAGGACCGGCAAUGUGUUGCAAGAGGCUAUGAGACAGACUGGUCCCAGACAUGACUGGUCCAAGGACGAGAUUCGCGAAAUCUACAAGACUCCUCUUAUGGAGCUGGCACAUCAAUCGCCCCCAGNNGGUGUUCUGCACCGCCGAUUCCACUCUCCUUCAUCUAUUCAGAUGUGUACACUCAUGAACAUCAAGACUGGUGGCUGCUCGGAAGACUGCUCAUACUGUGCUCAGUCUUCUCGCUACAACACUGGUCUCAAGGCAACCAAAAUGUCACCAGUCGACGACGUACUCGAGAAGGCUCGUAUCGCAAAGCAGAACGGAAGCACACGUUUCUGCAUGGGCGCCGCUUGGCGUGACAUGAGAGGAAGAAAGACCAGCUUGAAGAAUGUCAAGGCCAUGGUUGAGGGUGUACGCGCCAUGGACAUGGAGGUCUGCGUCACACUCGGCAUGAUUGACCAGAACCAGGCCGAGGAGCUCAAGUCGGCUGGCUUGACUGCAUACAACCACAACGUCGACACCUCGCGUGAGCACUACCCCACAGUCAUCACCACCAGAUCCUACGACGAGCGUCUGGAAACUCUGUCCAACGUCCGCAAGGCUGGCAUCAACGUCUGCUCUGGUGGUAUCCUUGGUCUGGGCGAGAAGCCUGAGGACCACGUUGGUCUGCUUUACACCGUCUCUAACAUGCCUGCUCACCCCGAAUCUUUCCCUGUCAACGCUCUGGUUCCUAUCAAGGGUACGCCACUUGGUGACGACCCUAGCCGCAAGCGCAUCAGUUUCGACGCUAUUCUCCGUACCAUCGCCACUGCAAGAAUCGUCAUGCCUGCCACUAUCAUCAGAAUUGCUGCUGGUCGCACCACCAUGAGCGAGGCUGAGCAGAUUCUGUGCUUCAACGCUGGCGCCAAUGCCAUUUUCACUGGUGAGAAGAUGUUGACCACGGAGUGCAAUGGCUGGGACGAAGACAAGGCCAUGUUCGCCAAGUACGGUCUUACUCCCAUGAAGAGCUUCACCAGAGGUGGAUACCGCGAACAGGAGAUGGUUCCCAACUACUUUGAUGAGGCAAAGCAGGAGCAGGAGCAGACCUCUGCUUAA